CCAUAACCCUAUGAAAAGCAGGAGGGUGGGAACAUCCUGUUAGAUUUAUAUAAAAGAGGAAUGAUAAACUGGAACACAGGACUGGUACACAGUCAAAGCGCAGAGAUUACUUCCUUCUUUACAGCACUCUCCAACACUGAAGAAUAAUGAAGACUCUGGUCCUGGCUCUGGUUUUUGCCUUGAUGCUGAUGAGUGGUUCUGCUCUGAAAUGCAACAACUGUGUUCCACUUAGUGGAACCAGAUGUACUAACAAGAUUGAAACCUGCGGCUAUAAAAAAGAUGCCUGUAUCUCCGCCCGAUUCACCAUCUACCCCUAUUCCUACUUCAGGAGAUGCAUCUCAAUGUCAGACUGCUUCCUUCUACAGUCCAUUUCUAGCAUUGUAGCCCGAUGCUGUCAGACGGACCUCUGCAAUUAAGAAAAUGAAGUAUCAUAAACAUACCUGAUCUAAGAGAUGAUCUUUUCAUUAUUACUUUGCUUUUCUAUCCUUUUUACUUUCCAGCUAUAUAUUUAGAAACAUCAUCAGUGCGCUCGGUUCUGUAACUGAAUCUGUUUUAACUUGAUAAAGCCUGACACUCUUGUACUGAGGAGAUGCAUUUUAAAUAAAGUCUAUUCAGCAGCAA